UGGGGGGUGGGGGGACGUUGGUGGCAGGGACUGACUGAUAGAAAGAGAGAGAGAGAGAGAGAGAGUGACCACUGCGGCAAGAAGAAUGCCCCACAGCCAAGGGAGCACACACUCACUCCAGCUCUCCCGGAACCUCACAUAGUGGAUGCGGUUCCACAGCGCAGCGGCUCCCUCUGUACAGCUAACAACACUUCAGAUCGCCCCCUCCAAGAACUGACAGAUAGAGAAAGCUCCUUCACAGGGAUUUACAAGCGGGAGACAUCGUUCUAAAGACCUUGUUUAUCUGUAUAUGCUGCAGAUUGCUGUCAGUGAGACCGCACUGCUCUCUAUUGGCAAUCUACGGAUUAUUCCAGGUUUACACCAAAUACAAAACCACACUCUGCUGGCGGGAUCUGCGCCUGUUUUUUUUAUUCUACGGGGGAGUCGCUCCCGAUCUGGAGUGUGGAGCAGAGACGAGCUGACGAUGGCCUCCUCAUCUCCGAGGUGUUGCUGCGCUAGCCUCAGGAAGACUGUGGCCAGUCUGCUGUUAGCGCUGCUCGGCACGGUGCUGGCCUUUAGCAGCUUGGUUCUCGCCUGUCCUGCUUUUUGCAGAUGUAGCAGUUCCAGGAUCACCUGCACUGACCCCGGCAUCGUGGCUUUCCCGGUGCUGCCGUCCGCAGCAGAGAUGGAGAACAUCACAGAAAUCUACAUUGCAAAUCAACCCAACCUGUCAGGUAUCAAUGAACGAGACAUAGAACCUUACACUGGACUGAGAAAUCUAACAUUGGUUAAUUGUGGAUUGACAUUUAUUUCACGACAAGGAUUCCAUAAUAACCCUCGGCUUCAAUACAUCAACCUUGCCAAUAACAGAUUUUCAAGUUUGUCCUGGAAGCCUUUUCGAUAUUUGGAACUGACACAUUUGAUCUUAACAGAAAACCCAUUCCUCUGCUCUUGUGGCAUUGCAUGGAUCCAGUUGUGGCAAGAAAACAACCUGGCCACUCUAGAAAUUCAGAACCUGACAUGUCGAGGGGAGAAUAACUGGAGGAUGACUCUAUCACACAUGAAGAUCCCAGACUGUGAAUUGCCUAAAGCUUCUGUAAACAUUACAAAUGUUACUGUGAUUGAAGGAGGAGAAGCUGCAAUACAAUGUAAUGCUCAAGGCCAUCCAAUUCCCACUGUGGACUGGCAAAAACACCUUCUCUACUCAACUGACCAGUCAGCAGAAACCUCUAGACCACCAAUAAUAUUAAAGCUCAACAAUAUUUCUCGUGUUAACAAUGGACAGCAACUUAUCUGUACAGCAGAGAAUAUAGUUGGAGAAUCUAAGGCUUUUGUCAAUCUAACAGUUCUCUUUCCUCCUAGAAUAAUAUUGUUGGGUGAGGCAAUUCCAGACCACCGCUGGUGCAUUCCUUUCAGUGUAACUGGCAACCCACCACCCAAAAUUCAAUGGUACCACAAUAAUUAUCCUCUGAAUGAGACGGAUUUUAUACUGACACAAAUUCAUGAGGAAAAUAUCAGUGAGCAACAUGGCUGCUUGCAGCUGGACAAUCCGACCCAUCUGAAUAAUGGGAACUAUACUCUAUACGUUUAUAACGAUUUAGGACAGGAUAAAGGCACAGUAUAUGCUCAUUUCAUGCACCAUCCUCCUGGUUCAGGCAAUGAACCAAUUACAGAUCCUGGAUUUUAUGAUGCAUAUGGCCCAUUUGUGGAUAUCUUUGGUGUGAGUUCAGACAAUUCAACUGCAAUUGGCCCACCUAAUGUCACAGAAAAGACAAUGGAGGAUGGCAUUGCGGUAUAUGUUGUCGUUGGGGUUGCAGCUUUGGCAUGCACUGGACUGAUACUAAUGCUAAUAAUUCUCAAGUUUGGAAAACACUCCAAGUUUGGAAUGAAAGGUCCUUCUUCAGUAAUCAGCACAGAUGAUGAUUCAGCCAGUCCAUUACAUCACGUAACGAAUGGCAGCAAUACUCCAUCCUCCUCAGAAGGUGGACCCGAUGCAGUUAUCAUUGGAAUGACAAAGAUUCCUGUGAUUGAAAACCCGCAGUACUUCAGGAAUUCUCAUGGUUUACUCAAACCUGAUACUUUUGUCCGAAACAUCAAACGGCACAAUAUUGUCCUGAAGAGGGAGUUGGGUGAAGGAGCAUUUGGCAAAGUGUUUCUUGCUGAGUGUCAUAACCUUUGCACAGAAGAUGACAAAACUUUGGUGGCAGUGAAGACCUUGAAAGAAGCCAGUGACAAUGCACGCAAGGACUUUCAUCGUGAAGCAGAGCUCUUGACCAACCUGCAGCAUGAACAUAUUGUGACAUUCUAUGGUGUGUGUGUGGAAGGUGACCCCCUCAUUAUGGUUUUUGAAUACAUGAAGCAUGGCGAUCUCAACAAAUUUCUCAGGUCCCAUGGACCUGAUGCUGUAUUCCUCAAUGAUGGCCAGUGCAAUAGAAUGGCAGAGCUGACUCAGUCGCAGAUGCUACACAUUGCCAUGCAGAUAGCAGCAGGGAUGGUCUAUCUGGCAUCUCAACACUUUGUUCACCGUGACCUGGCUACUCGGAACUGCCUGGUGGGAGAAAACUUACUAGUGAAGAUUGGUGAUUUUGGAAUGUCGAGAGAUGUAUAUAGCACAGACUACUAUAGGGUUGGUGGUCAUACCAUGCUUCCUAUUCGCUGGAUGCCUCCUGAGAGCAUUAUGUACAGGAGAUUCACCACUGAAAGUGAUGUGUGGAGUUUGGGAGUGGUGUUGUGGGAGAUCUUUACCUAUGGAAAGCAACCCUGGUACCAGCUAUCAAACAAUGAGGUUAUUGAGUGCAUCACACAAGGACGUGUACUUCAACGCCCUCGAACCUGCCCGAAAGAAGUCUAUGACCUGAUGCUUGGUUGCUGGCAGCGUGAACCACACAUGAGGCUCAACAUCAAGGAAAUUCACAGUCUCCUCCAAACAUUGGCAAAGGCCUCCCCAGUCUAUCUGGAUAUUCUUGGCUAAGCAUCACUUUCACAAUUGUAGACGGCGUGUGCGUGUGAGAUUGUUGCUGCAUUACGAAGAAACAUGCUCUGAUUCCUGACAGUAUUAAUAGCAAUGAGAGAAGCUUUAAAGGGCAAAAUGGUAAAACUUCUCCAUCUGUAGAUGCAUUAUUGACUUUGAGUUUUAUCAUUCUCACUCAAAUUAAUUUGGCUUUUGCUCAUUUGCAACUCUGCCUAAACUCAGGCCUUAAUCUAACUGAUUAUUCUGCUGAAGACAGUCAAAAUUUCUCACUGCAAUUUACAAAUAUUCUAAGUGAUUUGCCUUCGAUUUGGAUGAAAAAAGGGAAGAACAGAUGACUGUGAAUCAUAUGUACCCAGCUACAACACAAAGCAAAGAAAACAACUGAUUCAAAUACAUAUAUUCCACAGGCCAUGAACAAAACAUAGCUGAAAAUAAGGAAAUAUCUACAUAUAUGGAAAAUAUUUUUUAAUUCAGUGAAGAAAGGCAUUAUGUCAUGAUUUAUUGCAUACUGAUAAUUUAAUAGGCUUCAACUUUGCUACUGGAGUCUCUAAAACUAACCUCGAAUACAUGCUGUUAUUUAGCCACUUUAUUCAAGCCCAUGGUACAGAAAUGUUUCCCAGCUUCUUGCUUUCUCUUUUUUUUUGCAUUGGAUAACAUGUCUCACAAAGAAGCAAGCGUGAUACAACAAUUUGCUGUGAACUGGGCAUCUAUAACAAUGCAAAACGUCAAAUAUGUAAAUGCAGUCUCCAGACAGGCUUUCUGAGCUUCAGGCUGGAGUGUGUUGUAACGUUCAGUAUUAAUUUCAGGGUCAAAUACUGAAGGUGAUUGACUUUAAUAACACAGCACUUGUAGUUGUCUAGGCAAAUCAUCUGAAAAUGUACUUAUCCUAUAACAUUCUUUCCCUUAGGUAUGUGAGUGAAAUAUAAUUGUGCAUGAUCCUAAUACCAUAAUGUAUGUACAAAAUAUUGCUCAUUUCUUGUACACCUUUUAGAUGUAGAAUGUUAUCCAUAAUGAUGUUGCAUAUAUUUAAUUAGAAACCCUAUUGGAAGCCAUUACUUCCAGGAAAUGGUCUUAUGCUUUAACAGUAUGAUAGGAUGAUAGAAAUACAGGAAUAUGGACAAAAAUUAUAAAGAUCAUAUAAUCUGUAAAGAGACAGUGAAAUUAAGUCCCUGUGGUAGACAGAAGUGAUCCUAUAAUUGAGAUAUGGUCGCCAUCACAUAAAACCUAACCUUAGCUGUGUUGCUAUGGUAUCACCAUUCUCAGCAUCCUUUGCUUGCUUAAUUUUUUUUCCUCUAAAAAUGUUCUGCCAGACAGAGCAUGGAUGCAUUGCAGUACAAAAUGCAUGGUCAAUGGCUCAUGUCUAGCUUGUUGGCAUAUAAAUCUCAGUUAUCUUGUGAUGCUGGGGAAUCCUAGGUUAGCUGCCAUAUCUGUUUGACAAAUUCACACUAAAAUAAGCACCUGAUCUGUCAAAACCUAAUGUUUCCUCCUUUUGAAAAUGUACUUCCUCUGUGAGGGAGCACUGUUGAAACUUGUAACUACAUUCAGCAUCAAGCCAUGGGUUGUUCUUAGGAUUUGUCUGUUUUCCUGUUUUCUCAUAAAUUUGAGGAGGUCUAUAUAGGAUAUCCAUUCAACUUUUUAAAUUUAAUGGCCAAAUAUUUAAUGAUUUAAUAUGUUGAGUUUAAUUGUCAAAUGAUUGUUUUAUUUUUUUACGUAAGUUAUUAAUUAAAGCCUUAGAUCUUUUACAUGUUUUGUUUAAUUAAAAUGGUUCAAAUGUCUGUUAAUUAGAAAAAAAAAUGAGUUGUCUAUAAAUGACACAACUUACUCUUCGUUAUGUCCUGCUACUCAUUUGUGAUUUUGACAGAUUCAUUAAGCUGAAUUCUUAACAGCCGGAUCUACAACAGUUUAGCAGUGUAUAAGGCAUUUACAUCCCCUUGAUAUGCAGCGUAGCAUAACAGAUAAAUGUAGAUAUUCUCAGGAUGAUCCACCAAGUAACCUGAGAUCAAUGGAUGUUUUAGCCAACAGCGUUAAGGGGUAUGAAACAAAUACAGAUAAAUGGAGGUAACAUAGUUAUUGGUCAUGCUCUAUUUGAAUGGGGAACCACUUUGAAGGACUCAACAGCUUCAACCCAUUCAUACGUUCCAGUAUUUUUUGUUCCUAUGAUCUGAAGGAUGUGCCUUCCAUCUACAUUUAGGCUUACAAACAGAAUUAUAAUCAAUCCAAAUCUUAGUACAGAUGUAUAAAGAAUUUAGUGAGUUUUGUUGUAAGUUGAACUUAGCAAGAUUUCUUUAAGAAGUUCAAAACUUCUGAACAUUUGAAAUGUUAAUGCCAAUAAAAAAAUAUAUAUUAGCUUUUAUGCUAAUAAAAUCACAUUUAUUUCUUACACUGUAUCAUUUUCUGCUCUUACAAGUUAUUUUGUAAAAAGCAAUGGAUGUUAACAUUGAAAUGGAGGAAUAAAAGCCUCAACAUUUACUGACAAAAUUUCAAAAUACUUAGUGGCCAUAAAAUGUGGCAUAUGUUUGUCAUAACAAGUUUAAAAUAACUCAGCAAAUGAGCUAACUUUGAAACAUUUUUGUGCAUUCUGUGGAUUUGAAGUGUGGCAUCCAAUAUGUAACAGCACUUUGGGUUCAUUACUAACACAUGCCUGACAACAACUAAUUUUAACAUUUUAGAGAAAUUGAUCUAUUAGCAACAUUUAGACAAAGGCACUGAAAGAGGGACUGCUUCUGUUAAAAUAAGUACUGUCACCAGAGCCUGGAGAAAUCUUUAGCUAUAUUCACACUUGAUUAAACGUCUUGUGUUGUGAUUAUAUUCUGUCUGCUAAUGAGCAACUGACUCCUUACACAUUGGAUUUUUGAUGGGGUGAACAGAGCAGGCAACAUCAAAGGAUAUGUGAACUACAGCUAAUUUCAUUCACUUACAAUACUGGGAGUAGCUUCCAAUCAGGCCAAAGACAGUCCCUGUGUGGGUUAGCCUCAUUUUUUUUAUCGUGUGAGAGCAUAGUUUCAACAAUUUGAAGAUUGAUGGAUAUUUCAGCUUGAUGUUGCAGCUUUAUUGCAUUUCUUAGUGAUAGUGAUUGGCAGGAUAAUGUCAAUAAACCAAUCCUCCCUCAGUUUGAAAUUACCUGUAGCUUCUUUACAGCGUUAGGAAGGCAGAGAUUUUUUUGUCCUAACCCACGAAGAUGAGUUUUACCAACCUCUUGGAACUGAAACUGUGACCUGGUGUUUUUUUUUUCUAAAAUUCAUCUUGAUAUUUAACAUAAUUUUCUAUCUUCUUUUGUUCUGUUUAGUGAUAUUUUUCAGUGUCUUCUCAAAAAAAAACCAUUGAAGACAUUUUUGUGUUCUGUCUUUCACAAAAAAUCUACACAGAUGUUGAAAUUAAGAUUUGCGGGGAAGAUUGUCAUCAAGUGUCUGAUUCCAAGGAGCAGAAGCCAGAAGAAACAUGCCCAGCACUUGUUAGAUGGAUUUGGUCCAAAGCCCUGACCGUUCCCACACCUGGGCCUUCACUCUUUUAUUAUCAGCAAAGAUUGCAAAACUAGUGGGUUCAUCAUGACACUCAGCCAGUGCAGAUAGCGAGAGACAGCAGGGACAGGAGUUCUCAAAGGAGCUCUGUGGCAGGUGGAAUUUUGUGGAUCACUAAUUACAUGAAAUUCAGUUUAAAAAUUUAACAUGUCCAGUUUUGAGCAGCCUACUGCCCAAAUCGGCCUCAUGAUGUUGUUUUAUUGGAGGCUUUGCCUUUUUUUUCCAUUCCAGUCUGUUGUACACAUUUAUUUCUUGAAUAGUCUGUGUAGCACUUGGCUGAUUUUUAGAUGAUGCCUAAGUAACUGUGUUAUAUAUUUGUAUGUUGAAAUGUGACCAGUUUCUCAAAUUGAAAUGGAAACUUUGUUGUGAUACAACAAAUUCAAUGGAAAAAUUCUGUCUUACAAUAAACAUUGCCAUCAGAAA